CUACACACGGCGCCUCCCACACUCUUUGUCACCGGACCGCCCGGUACAGGUAAAACUGUGGUGCUGCUGCUGAUGGCCAUACAGUGGCUGCGGUGUGGUCACCACGUCUACGUUGUCAGUACCUGGAGGGGUAGUCGUGUAGCGAGCAUCAUGUUGUAUCACCUGUUGCUGCAGGCAGUAAACACACUACAGUCAGCAGGUGUGUCACCCGGUCAGCCUCACCUCCUGCUGUAUCAUCUUUAUGACGGUGACGAAGUGAAGAAGGCCGUCAACGACUUGUCACAGGCGGCGAUGGGAGGGUCGUUGUACGUCAUCGUUGAUGAAGUAGUGGGUGAGUUGAGUCGUAGUUACAGAAUCAACAACUUCCAGACUUUGUGUAAGAAGCUGCUGAAACAAGUUCCUCGUCUCCAUCUGUGGGCGGGAAGUUGUUUCCAUAGACACGCACCCGCCGGCUGGCAAGUGGAAUAUUUAACCAGACCCCUCCGCUCUCCUCCGGCCGUCGUCAGGGAAGUGGAGCACGUCGAGAGGAUCACUAGACACCGUGCUGUCAAGCUGUACAGUGAGCGAGGUGUACCCGACCACACAGACGGCCCGCCAGUCACACGACUGUAUCACCGAGGUCAGGGUCACUCAGGUCGAAGGCCAGGUGACUGUGUCACGUGCGGUCGUGAGGUGGCCAGCUUCUUACACAGUCUCCGUGUUGGUGUUACAGAAAACAGCACAACAUCAUCUACAACAUUGACUUCUACCAGCGGUGACACACCACCCUGUCUACAGUGGAGAGACGUCCUGGUGUUGGACUGGUCUGACAUUAGUGACAACUGGGGUAUGGUGACAGGACUGCAAGAAGCGGGUAUCCCAGUGCGGGUGAUGAAGGAUGACGACAUCGAGGACGUGGCCACGGCCCGCAGUGACGUGGUGUGGGUGACGGAUGGACGUCAUGUUCGUGGUCUGGAGAGAAAAGUCGUCGUGUGUCUGAAGUACAAUGAUUACGACUUUGUUAAAUCUGAAUUGUUACCACGGUACAUCAGAGUUUCUCCCCGACUUGACCUCAUGUCCCGCUGUACGUCACAACUUGUGAUUGUCUGCCCCUUAGCCGCCUGAAGGUGACUGUCAUUUACACUGACACACCUGUCACCUGCUGUAGUCGUGUGUCAGUCUCUUACAUCAACAAUUGUCUUUUAGUGUUUGUGCUCUUCUUCUCUCAUUGUAUCACCACGUCAUCAAGUUGUAAUGUCAUAGACAUGACGUCAUUACAUUUUUUUUACAUCACGGGGUCUGUAUCUCUGUUUACACAAGAACACGUGUCAACAAGUUUUUCUGUUACAGA